AUGCGCGUGGUAGUGAUCGGAGCGGGUGUCAUCGGGCUGUCCACCGCCCUCUGCAUCCACGAGCGCUACCGAUCAGUCCUGCCAUCCCUGGACAUGAGGGUCUACGCUGAUCGCUUCACCCCGCUCACCAACACCGACGUGGCGGCCGGCCUCUGUCAGCCCUACCUCUCGGACCCCAGAAACCCACAGGAGGCGCCGAGUGUUGGCCUAAAGAUAGAGCAGCUGGAGGAGGAGUUUGGGGACUGUUUAGAGAAGGGAGAGAAGUCUGGAGGAGCCCUGCAGGCCCAGGAAGUGGACUCCCCAGCAGCUGAGCGAUUCCAGCCCCUUCUCUAUGCCAGCAGCGUCCUGUCAAAAAAGGCUCCAGAUAUUGCCCAGUGUCCCCUACUGAGAAAAAUUUGUCCCCGGUUGAGGACCACCGGGUUAGACCCAACAUCCUCUUCGAAGUUUGUGGUGGUGGCGUGGAGCCUGGAGGCUGGCAGCGAUGAAGAUCGAAAGGUAAACCUCAGGCCCGGGAGUGCAAGGCAGGAGCUGGAGGCAGUCGAAGAUGUGAACCAGGCUAUCAUGAACCUUUUUUAUUUCACUGACUUCUGCGUCUCCCUUCAGCGGGCUCACACCCUCCGCUCUUCAGAAGCUUCCAGCCCAAAUUACUUAAGUGAGAGCUUUUUCAUGGUGAAAGGAGCGGCCCUCUUCUUACAACAGGGAAACAGCCCUCAAAGCCAGCGAAGUCUUCAGCAUCCCCACAAGCAUGCAGGUGACCUGCCCCAACAUCUUCAAAUAAUGAUCAACCUCCUGCGUUGUGAAGAUCGGAUCAAGCUGGCCGUGCGCUUGGAGAGCGCCUGGGCGGAGCGGGUCCGGUACAUGGUGGUGGUAGACAGCAGCGGGCGCCAGGACACGGAGGAGAGCAUCUUGCUGGGAGUCGACUUUUCCAGUAAGGAGAGUAAAAGCUGUACCAUCGGGAUGGUUCUCCGGCUGUGGAGCGACACGAAAAUCCACCUCGACGGAGAUGGCGGGUUCAGCGUCAGCACAGCGGGACGGAUGCACGUCUUCAAGCCUGUGUCUGUCCAGGCCAUGUGGUCUGCCCUGCAGGUCCUUCACAAGGCCUGCGAAGUGGCACGGAGACACAACUACUUCCCCGGCGGCGUGGCUCUCAUCUGGGCCACCUACUAUGAGAGCUGCAUCAGCUCCGAUCAGAGCUGCAUCAACGAGUGGAACGCCAUGCAGGACCUGGAGUCCACGCGGCCCGACUCCCCGGCCCUGUUUGUGGACAAGCCAACUGAAGGGGAGAGGACCGAGCGCCUCAUCAAAGCCAAGCUCCGGAGCAUCAUGAUGAGCCAGGAUCUGGAAAACGUGACCUCAAAAGAAAUCCGUAAUGAAUUAGAGACGCAGAUGAACUGUAACUUGAAAGAAUUCAAGGAAUUCAUAGACAACGAGAUGCUCCUUAUCUUGGGACAGAUGGACAAACCCUCCCUCAUCUUCGACCAUCUUUAUCUCGGCUCUGAAUGGAAUGCGUCCAAUCUGGAGGAGCUGCAGGGCUCAGGUGUUGACUACAUUUUAAAUGUCACUAGAGAAAUAGAUAAUUUUUUCCCUGGCUUAUUUGCAUAUCAUAACAUCCGAGUCUACGACGAGGAAACAACAGACCUUCUUGCCCACUGGAACGAGGCGUACCAUUUUAUAAACAAAGCAAACAAACAACGACACAACAAGCUGUGGCGCCAGCAGGGCGACACCUGCCUCCAGCCGCCCAUGGAGGACCCCACAGGGUCUGGGGACUUCUUGCCGGAGACCCUGGACGGCACCCCAGAGGCCCAGCUGCCCUGCCUGGAUGACGCUGCCCAGCCUGGGUUCCCAGACAGCAGGGCCCCAGGAGGAGCUGCCCUCCCCUGCUGCUUCCGGCGACUCUCAGACCCCCUCCUGCAUCCCCCCAGCGGCGAGACCCGCAGCGUGGUCCACCUGGAGGACCUGGAGAGGGACGCCCUCCUGGAGGAAGCAGCCGAGGCGACUGAGGCACACAGGCUGGCCGCACAUCCCCAGGAAGCUUCUGGACCCUGCGAGAAGGAGGUGAAGAAGAAGCUGGAGUUCGGGAGCCCCAAGGCCCGGAGUGGCUGGUCGCCCCAGGUGGAGGAGAUGGAAGGGGAGGAGGCCCCGGGAGCAGGGCGGUGGGGGCGGCCCCCGCCCCAGCUGGACCAAAGCCUGCUCGACCGGGAAAACCUGAACAACAACAACAGCAAGAGGAGCUGUCCGGAGGACUUCGAGCACGAUGCUAUAUUCGGGAUCCUUAACAAGGUGAAGCCUUCCUACAAAUCCUGUGCCGACUGCAUGUACCCUACAGCCAGCGGGGCUCCUGAGGCCUUCAGGGAGCGGGGCGAGAACCCCGGUGCCCCCGCCAUCUGUACCCAGCCGACCUUCCUGCCCCACCUCACAUCUUCCCCUGUGGCCUACACGUCCAGCAGGGCCCGAGCUUUAGAGAGACUGGCCUCUGGCCCAAGCGAAAGUCCCCCUUUCCUACCACCAGCAGGCUCGAGGAGGUCAGACGGUGGUGGCUCUGGGGCUGAAGCUGCCCCAGAGCUACCGGCUAGCCUUUCGGAACCUUCCAGAGAAACCCAAAGAGCCCUGCCAAAGUCCCUCCUUUUGAAGAACUCUCACUGUGAUAAGAACCCUCCAAGCAUGGAAGUGGCGAAGGAUGAAUCCCCACCCAAGAAAGAUCCGAAGCCAGCCAAGGACCUGCGGCUUCUGUUCAGUAAAGAAGCUGAGAAACCAACCACCAACAGCUACUUGAUGCAGCACCAGGAAUCCAUCAUUCAGCUGCAGAAGGCGGGCUUGGUCCGGAAGCACACCAAAGAACUGGAGAGGUUAAAGGGCACGCCCGCAGACCCGGCUUCUCCCUCCAGGGACGGCACGACCAGCAGGCUGGAGGCCAGCAUCCCCGAGGAGAACCCCGCUCCGCCGGGGCCCCUGCCGCUGCCUCGCCUCUCUGGGAGUGACGAGAAGUCAGAGGCCCUCCCCGCUCCACUUGAAGGAGCCCCACUCAAGAGUCCCACCCCCUUCCUCUGCCGCCUCGAUCACACCAGUCAUUUCUCAAAAGACUUCCUGAAGACGAUCUGCUACACCCCCACCUCCUCCUCCAUGAGCUCCAACCUGACCCGGAGCUCCAGCAGCGACAGCAUCCACAGCGUCCGAGGCAAGCCCGGGCUCGUGAAGCAGCGGACGCAGGAGAUCGAGACCCGCCUCCGGCUGGCGGGCCUCACCGUUUCCUCCCCGCUGAAACGCUCACACUCUCUGGCCAAGCUCGGAAGUCUCAACUUCUCGACAGAGGACCUGUCCGGUGAGGCGGACGCGUCCACCCUCGCCGACUCCCGGGACGCUAAGUUGGGCGAGUCUUCCUUCCCUUGUGAGCCCCGGGCAAACCCAAGGAACCCAGCUGCAGCCUCUCCGCCAUCAGGGAAACCCGCUUCAGAAAACUUGAGAAGCCCCUUGUGGCUGAGCAGGAGCUGA